AUGAUUGACCGGAUCUUGUACAUGCAGUGUGACUUGUCCUCUGUCCCCUUGGAGUGCAGCACAGCAGUUCUAAUUUUCUUUCCAGCAACAGUGACUCCUACACCUGGUCACUACCAUGUCCCCUACCGAAGGCAGGGAGAAACCCGAGUGGGCUGGCAUGGGGAGACAUACUGCUUGGUCGCUGGCUACCGGUCCUAUGGGGAUGCUCCUUUGGCCACCCCAGCAAAGGUGAAGGCAGAGAAGUCAGUCCCCAGAGGAGCACAUAAGAGACAUUAUCCUGUGAAAUGGUCAAACAAAGACCUCGGUUGCUCCAGCCCCAAAAUUCCAAGACUGGAGGAUGGUGGCAAGAGGGUGACUCCACAGAAGCUGACCCCAACAAAGGUGGAGGCAGAGAAGCCAGUCCCCAGACGAGCACUCAAGCGACGUCACCCUGUGGAAGUGUUGGAUGAAGACCUUGGUUGCUCCAGCCCCAAAAUUCAACGACUGGAGCAUGGUGGCUGGAGGCUGACCCCACAGAAGCUUGCUGGCUGA